UCGAGAUAAGAAGGUGAUAAACGUAUUUCCGAAAUAUCGUUGUCAGUGCAGUUUAGAUUAGCAACGAUGAAAACUCAAACGGUGAAAUACGCGAAAAGUAAUUCUCAAAAAACAUUCUUCGAGCGAAAAAAAAAUUUCAUCAAAAUUUCUUUCGUCGCUUUAGUGUUAUUAAGUACUUUUUACAUUUAUUUCGGGGAAAAUGUUAAAACAACCACCAAUUUCGAAUUGGUUAUAAAACCAUCUCGAAAUCAUUUCUUAAUAGAAACGGAAGGUUGUGUAAUUCCAAAUAUGGACCCAUUGGAUUCAAGUGUAACAAACUUUAUUUUUAACGAAAACCAAGUUAUUUGUAACAAUGGAACCCCCGCUUUGAUUGGAUCAAACUUAACGUCGAUUUUUUUAUUACAAGAAUCAUUACCAAUUUAUAAUGUAACUGAUUUAAAUUUAUUUAAAUGUUAUUAUACGCCGUUUUUUAGAGUCAAUCCAAAAGAUAACUCGAAAGAUGAUCAGAUUGAAUUUAGUGAAUCUUAUGAAUUUACAAAUUCAACGAGAAUCGUCGACGAAUUUAUUCACGUUAAAUGCUUUUACAACAUGAAUUUAAUUUAUAGAGAUUUUUUCGCGUUCAUACCACCAAAAAAGUGUGUUCAAACCACAAUUAGACCUCAAUUAAACGUUUUAAUGAUUGGUUUAGACUCAAUUUCUCGAUUAAAUUUGUUAAGGCAGAUGCCAAAAACGGUUGAGAUUUUAAAUAAACUCGAAGCAAUAAGUUUUUUGGGUUACAACAAAGUCGGAGAUAAUACAUUUCCGAAUUUAAUUCCUGUUUUAACUGGAUUAAGCGAAACGGAACUCGGGAAAAGUUGUUGGAAGGAAAAACGUUAUUUUGAUGAUUGUGGGUUUAUUUGGAAUGAUUUUAAAAAGUUGAAUUUUACCACGGUUUUUGCUGAAGAUGCAACAUGGAUGGGGCUUUUUACUUAUCAAAGACAAGGUUUUUUGAAGCAACCAACCGAUCAUUAUUGGGGGUCAUUUAAUUUGAAGGCGACGAAAAUGAUAGGGAAUAAUCAUCGAAUGAAUGUUGAUCAAUGUGUCGGCGAUAAAGAAGAUUACGUGAGGUUGCUAAAAUAUACAGAAGAUUUCGUUCGGAGAAUGAAAGAAGAUAACCAAAAUUAUUUUGGGUUAUUUUGGCAAAGCAGUUUAUCUCACGAUUUUUUAAACAAACCCAAAUUAGGCGAUGAAAACUACUCGAAUUUGCUUCAAAAUCUAUACAAAAACGGGUUCCUCAACGAAACAGUUUUGAUUUUUUUUAGCGAUCAUGGAAUAAGAUGGGGCGAUAUCCGAUCAACUUUUCAAGGAAGCCUCGAAGAAAGACUACCAUUUCUUUACAUUUACCUCCCAAAGUGGUAUAAAAAUAAAUUUCCCAAAGAAAAUUUAAAUCUACUUCAAAACGCGUAUCGUUUAACAACCCCUUUUGAUCUUCAUGAAACUCUAAAAGAUUUAUUAGAUCCAUUUAAUUUAAACGGAUCGUAUUUUUCACAUCGAAGCCAAAGCUUAUUUACUGAAAUCCCAAACUCAAGAACUUGCGAAGAAGCUGAAAUUUCAUCGCAUUUUUGUACCUGCCAAAGAAGUAAAGAAGUAGAUAUAAACGAUGAAAAAAUCCAAAAAAUUGUUAAUUUUGCGGUUGUUGAAAUAAACGAUAAAUUAAGUAAUUAUAGUGAAUGUGUCGUUUUGAAUCUUAUUGAAGUGUUGAACGCAAGGGUUCUUUUAAAUAACAAUGAGAGUUUAUCGAAGAAAGGGGCUUUUUCGGAUUUUACGGUUACUUUUAAAACAAACCCGGGUGAAGGUAUUUUUGAAACGACGAUAAGAAAUAAAGUGAGUCAUGAUAAGGAUGUUUAUGAAAUCGUUGGUAGUAUAAGUCGACUAAAUUUGUAUGGAACUCAAAGUUUUUGUAUAGAAGACUUUCAUUUAAAACUUUAUUGUUUUUGUAGACAAUUAAUUAUGGAUAAUCACUCGUCUAAUUAA